GACAGUCUGGAGCAGACCGAGGACACACGGACCUCCAGACUCACCGACUCAGGCGGCGGACCCGAGCCGAGCGGAGGCAGCCUCGCCCCGGGGAGAGGAGCGGAGAGCAGCCGCUGAGCUGGAGCCGGAGCCGGAGACCCAUCAAUCAACCCGUCGAUCAAUCACAGGUGACCAUGUCCGUCCUAGGCUCCGCCCCCACCAGUAUUGUCCACAGCCUCAUGUCCCACCUCCAGGGAGGAGGAGAGAACGAGGGCUUUGCUAAGCGGGCGAUCGAGAGCCUGGUGAAGAAGCUGAAGGAGAAGAAGGAGGAGCUGGACUCCCUCAUCACCGCGGUAACCACCAACGGGCUCCUCCCCAGCAAGUGUGUCACCAUCCAGAGGACGCUGGACGGACGCCUCCAGGUAGCGGGUCGUAAAGGUUUCCCUCAUGUCAUCUAUGCUCGUCUGUGGCGUUGGCCCGACCUCCACAAGAACGAACUCAAACACGUCAACUUCUGUCAGUUCGCCUUCGACCUCAAAUACGACAGCGUCUGCGUCAACCCCUACCACUACGAGAGGGUGGCCCCGCCCCCUAACACAGGUCCUCAGGCUCUGAUAAAGGAGGAGUUCGUGCAGGACUGUGUGAUCGACCUGCCCCCCCACACCGACGCCUACAGCCUGUACCCCAGCAGUUCCGGGGGCCGUGGGGGGGCUCCAGAGGGCCUCCUCCAGAUCACCCCCCCUCAGACCGCUGCAGGCCGGGUGACUCCACCUCACCCCAACCCUCCCCCCACCCCCCCACACCAACAGAGCUCCGAGUACAACGGCCCCCCCAAACCUGUCACCUGGACAGGUAACAGCUCCGCCUCCUACAGCCCCGCCCCCUACAGUCCGGGGCCUCAGCAUGGUGGGCGUGGCCUCCAGCCGCCAUUACAUCAUCAUCACCACGCCCCCAACACCCACUUCUGGUCUCAGCACCACAGCUCUGCCCCGUGUCCUCAGCCAGUGUCCAACCACCCAGGCCCAGAGUUCUGGUGCUCCAUCUCCUACUUUGAGUUGGACGUCCAGGUGGGCGAGAUGUUUAAGGUCCAGUCCAGUUGUCCCCUGGUGACGGUGGACGGAUACGUGGACCCUUCAGGAGGGGACAGGUUCUGUUUGGGACAGCUGAGCAACGUCCACCGUACAGCGUCCAGCCACCGUGCCAGGCUCCACAUCGGCCGUGGUGUCCAGCUGGAGUGUCGGGGGGACGGGGACGUCUGGAUGCGCUGCCUUAGCGACCACUCUGUCUUUGUCCAGAGUUUGUACCUGGACCGGGAGGCGGGACGAGCCCCAGGGGACGGAGUCCACAAGAUCUACCCUGGAGCCUACAUCAAGGUGUUUGACCUGCGUCAGUGUCAUAGACAGAUGCAGCAUCAGGCCGUGGAGACUCAGCUCCUUGGUUCAGAUCCAGGUCCCAGCACCUCCCCAGCUCUCAGUCUGGGGGUGGAUGACCUGAGGAGGCUGUGCAUGGUGCGCCUGAGCUUCGUGAAAGGGUGGGGGUGUGAUUACCCGCGGCGCAGCAUCAAGGACACCCCCUGCUGGCUGGAGGUGCACCUGCACCGAGCGCUGCAGCUGUUAGACCAGGUCCUGCAUACGCUGCCCCCCCGGGAACACACACUAUAACACACACUACAGAACACACACACACACACUAUAACACACACUACAGAACACACACACACACACUAUAACACACACACACACACUAUAACACACACACUAUAACACACACACACACACUAUAACACACACACACACACUAUAACACACACACUAUAACACACACUAUAACACACACACACUAUAACACACACACACUAUAACACACACUACAGAACACCUGGUCAUUCACAGCUUUACCUGUAGACAGGAUUCAUUCAUAAGCUCCUCCCCCUCCUCCCUCCUCAUUGGUUGGUUCAGACAAUCAGGCGGUUGUUAGAACAGGUUUCCAUGGAUACCAGCAGCCAUGGCUAAUGGGUCCGUCCCAUAGAUAUAAACACUAGAUGCCUGCGCCGCCUCUGUCCGUUGGAACGACGCGUUGACGCGGCGGCCAUCUUGGGGAGGGGGAGGCCGUGUCUGCUGACUGUCAGUGAACGGAGGCAGAGCUCCAUCAACUAUUACAAUCAUCACAACUCACUGAAUUUAACCGAUUUUCCCUCCGUGUGGGUUCUGACCAACGCUGGGUUCUGUUUCUGUAGCUGCUCACAAAUCUUACGUCAGCAGUUAACGUUAAUGUUACACAUGAACCUGGUGGUUUAGGACGUUUACUACUUAGUGCAGUUACUUACAGCGACUGAUUUCUAAAUGUCACUUUUAUCAUGUUGCUGAUGUCUUACUAACAAUAACAUAUUUAGUUUUGCAUAAACUAGUAACAAGCUACGAUAGUUUAACUGGAAGCUUUAGAGAUACAUUCAACACGUUCAUAACCGUUAAAUAAUAUAAAACAUCUCACUUGUGAAAUGUUUCCCUGUUGCUUGGUUUAGUGUUUCUGUCAUUUUAUCCAUUCAGAUACACUGACUGUUCUCUGUGUAUCUGAGGCAUCGACGCGUCUGACAGCAGCAUCUAGUGUUUAUAUAUCUAUCAGAGGCCACGCCCCCAGGUGUCUGGUUACAGUACAGACAGAGGCCACGCCCCCAGGUGUCUGGUUACAGUACAGACAGAGGCCCCGCCCCUCGACCGCAUGAUUGACACCUGCUUCCAGACUCUAACCUAAAGUCACUGAGUGAACGCUAACGUUAGAGCUAGGAUGUAGCAAGCCACAGCUAGAAGAAGCUAUCAGUUAGCAUCCAGACAACGUUUAUGAUCCUGAUGUCAACUGGAAUAGAGCUGGAAAUAAUGUCCCUCACAUGUCUCUCCCUUAUCUCUAACCUGUCCCUCACAUGUCUCUCACAUGUCUCUAACCCGUCUCUAACCCGUCUCUAACCUGUCCCUCACAUGUCUCUCACAUGUCUCUAACCCGUUUCUAACCUGUCUCUCACAUGUCUCUAACCCGUCUCUAACCCGUCUCUAACCUGUCCCUCACAUGUCUCUAACCUCUUUCUAACCCGUCUCUAACCUGUCCCUCACAUGUCUCACCUGUCCAUCACAUGUCUCUUACAUGUCUCUAUUCUGUCUCACCUGUCUCUCACAUGUCUCUAACCUGUCCCUCACAUGUCUCUAUUCUGUCUCACCUGUCCCUCACAUGUCUCUAACCUGUCUCACCUGUCCCUCACAUGUCUCUCCCUUGUCUCUAACCUGUCUCACGUGGCGUUGGCGUCUCUGUGAAUGGACCGUGGACGUGUCUGCUGGAGGACGUGGAGAUCAGCUGUUAACCAAAAACAUCGUCAGUUUAUGUCACUUUAACGAGUUGCUGAGAGUUUAUUUAUUGUCUCGAUUAUCGACCAAAGAUAUUUUUAGUUUGAUGUUUUCUUCAGUUUUUUACAUUUUAAAGGCUUUUAUACUGGAAGGCUCUACAGAGCUCUUUAACAGCUGCUCUUUAUUCAAGUUAAACUUUUCUGAAAAUAAAAGAAAUCUCUUCUGCA